AUGGCAGGUGUGGCCCAGGCCCAGGAGCUGGUCUACCUAGUCACAGGUGGCUGUGGCUUUCUGGGGGCACAUGUGGUGCAGAUGCUGUUACAGCGGGAGCCUCGUCUCCGUGAGCUGAGGGUCUUUGACCUACACCUGAGUCCCUGGCUGGAGGAACUGAAGACAGGGCCUGUGCAGGUGACUGUCAUCCAGGGGGAUGUGACGCAGGCGCACGAGGUUGAAGCAGCUGUGGCUGGAGCCCACGUGGUCAUCCACACAGCCGGGUUGGUGGACGUGUUUGGGAGAUCCAGUCCCAAGACCAUGCACGAGGUCAACGUUCAGGGGACGAAGAAUGUGAUCGAAGCUUGUGUGCAGACUGGGACUCGGUUCCUUGUCUAUACAAGCAGCAUGGAAGUGGUGGGGCCCAAUACCAAAGGUCACCCCUUCUACAGGGGCAACGAGGACACUGAGUAUGAAUCAGUACACUCACAUCCCUAUCCCUGCAGCAAGGCCCUGGCAGAGCGGCUGGUUCUGGAAGCAAAUGGAAGAAAGGCAAUGUGGCUUGGAUGCAUGUUUUGGCAGCCCGGGAGCUGGAGUCCCGAGAGCAGCUGAUGGGCGGCCAGGUGUACUUCUGCUAUGACAAAUCACCCUACAAGAGCUAUGAAGACUUCAAUAUGGAGUUCCUGGGCCCCUGUGGACUGCGGAUGGUGGGUACUCGCCCGCUGGUGCCCUACUGGCUGUUGGUGGUCCUGGCUGCCCUGAAUGCCCUGCUGCAAUGGCUGCUGCGGCCACUGCUGCUCUAUGCACCCCUGCUCAACCCCUAUACUCUAGCCAUGGCCAACACCACCUUCACCGUCAGCACCAAC